CCGGCCGGCCGGUAGCGCGCGCCCAGGCCCAGUUCAGUUUAUUAUCAGCGGCUGCCGUGCCUGCUGCAGACGCAGUCGUACUCGAGCGCCGGAGCAAGACGGGACGACGACGGGCGGCACACACACUUUGGCGAGCUCCCCCUCCCCCUCCUCCAAAUCCUUCUCUUCCUCCACAUCCGGUACAUUCAACCCACCACCCGACUUCCGGUCACUCAAACACGACGACAGCGCCACCACCAUGACGGGGCCGAUGGUCGUGGACUCGAAGGGCGGCGAGGCCGUCGUGGACAACGCCAAGAUGACGCUACUGGCCAUGUUCCUGGUGGGCCUGAGCGCCAACUCGGGCCUGCUGUUCGGCUACGACACGGGCGUCGUGUCCGGCGCCAUGCUCCUCAUCAACUGCACAACGUGAACGUGCCGUUGCGCAUCCUGAGGACGCCGCACGCGCGCCGCGCCCUGUUCCUGGGCGCCGCGCUCGCGGGCUACCAGCAGCUGGCCGGCAUCAACACGGCCAUGUACUACAGCGCCACCAUCAUCAAGAUGGCGGGCGUGGGCAGCAACUCGGCGGCCAUCUGGCUGUCGGCCGGCACGGCGGGCGUCAACUGCGUCUGCACCGUCGUGGGCAUGUUCGUGGUGGACCGCAUGGGGCGGCGCGUGCUGACGCUGUGCUCGCUGUUCGGCGCCGGCGUGUCGCUCGCCAUCCUGGGCGGCGGCUUCCUCAUGAUGGACCACACGGCGCCCAAGAUCACCGAGACCAGCGCCCUGGCGGGAGCCUGCGCAGCGUACAUGACCUGCGGCGAGUGCACGAGCACGCGCCACACGUGCGGCUUCUGCAUGCUGGGCAACGGCACGGGCUCGUGCUGGCCCUUCGACAAGGACUCGGAGCUGGCGCUGGGCGGCGCGUGCAUGACCCCCGCGGGCGCCGACCUGGCCGCGGGCGCCGAGUGGGCCGUCGGCUACUGCCCCUCGGACUACUCGUGGGUGGCCGUGGCCGGGCUCGUCAUCUACCUCUUCUGCUUCGCCCCAGGCAUGGGCCCCGCUCCGUGGGUCAUCAACUCCGAGGUUCACCCCCUCUGGGCUCGCGACGUGUCCAACAGUAUCUCCACCUCCACCAACUGGCUCUUCAAUCUCAUCGUGUCCCUGUCCUUCCUGUCACUCGUUGACGAAAUCGAAGCUUAUGGCGCCUUCUUCCUCUUCUCGGCCGUCACCUUCACCGGCGUGGUGCUGUUCUGGUUCAUCAUGCCCGAGACCAAGGGCCUGACGCUGGAGGAGAUCCAGGGCCUGUUCGGGGCCGACAUGGAGAAGACGGGGGCGACCGGGGACGGCUCCAAACCUCCUCACAAUAACAUACAGGUUGUGAAAACCAUCGAGCUGUAAAUGAAGAGGCGAUACGACUGGGUGCGGAGUAAGAGGAGGUUCGGUGCAGCGGCGAAGGGUGAUGGCUGUCUGCAUUCCUGUGCUGUGAUAUUUUGUUUCUCUCUUUUGUAGUUUUGAAAAGAGGAAAGAGUGGAAUGGAUUGUGAUGGGAAUGGUUGUGUUUUGUAAGUGAUUGUGUGUGUGUGUUUAUCUAGUCAAUGUGUGAUGUUUUCACUGUCCGGCCGUUAGCGCUGGUGGUAGAAGGAGUCACGUAGUACAAAAGACUUCAUGGAGUGAUUUUGCACUUUUAGAUUUGAAAUCUAUUAAUGUGAGCUAUUUUGUGUAAGCCGUUUGCCUUACCACCUGGGCAAUCUACUGAUCUUGUCUUACUAACGGGUGCGUCUCUAACUCUGAUUGUCAUCAGUGUUGUUUUGCUAAAAGUCUGAAACCUACAUAUUAGUUCAGUAGUACGAAUUUUAUGAAGUUACGUGUACCUCAUCAUAAUUAUAUAGGUAAUAAGUGGUUAAAGGCACUUCGUUUUUUGCUCGAAAUUACUGAGUUAAGUGUACUCAAUCAGUAAUUAAUGAAAAGUUACCACGAAAUCGUAGUAAGGUAUUUCACUGGCAGUGUCUGCAAUCAUUUUAUGUCAGCUUGUGUGUUUAGCAUAUCAUGAUCAUAAACUUUGCUAGUAUUUAACGCAUCUAUCUAAAAGAGAUUUUUUUGUUUAAAAUUAGAACAUAACUAAUUGUGUUCUUUCAAGAUUCAUGUUUCAAACGUCUCAUAUGAGUGUCAUACUUGUCUUUGUUAAACCUCGAUGUUUGUUGUUUUAAAAGUUUUCAUUAAUUUCACCACUGUGCUCGUCUAUUUUAUAUUGUUUAUCAUAUGUUACGAAAAGUGUUAUUUUAUUAAAGAACUCUAUAUAACAAA